AAAACUUUUGCUUUUUCAGUGUGGAAAGGGUAAUCUAAAAAUCAAUUUCAGUUAGGCAGAAGGUGAGUCAUGCACUGUAAAAUCACAGUGGCUGUUGCUUCAUCAGAGGGGGAGUUUGUUUGAAAAAGUAAGACACAGAUUCAAUUUUUGAGUUUCCAUAAAAGUAAAGUCCAAUACAUUUUAAAAAUCAUUUUGAAAUUUGAGAUUUGUGCAUCAUAUUUUAGUAUGCAUUAGAUAGUUGUUUUUGACUUACCAUUUUCAAAAAAUAGAAAUUUCAUUUGUUGUCUUAUUGUAGGGUAUCAAGUGUAAAAUGGAAGCAUGCAUAUGCAAAUUGAGGCUAAAAAAAGUCCAAAAACUGAAACUGUACAGUAAGAGGAGCGCAAGAAAAAGAAUACUAUUCAGUUAUUAAAAAUAGCACACUCAAAUCAAAAGAAAUUUAGGAUAAUUUUCUUUCAGAGUGUAUAAUAUGUGUAUAUUUGUAAAUUGAAAACAGGAACAGAGAAAUUGAAAAUGGACUGUAUAAAUAACAGCAGUAAUUUUGUGAAAUGAGAAAAAGUGAAAAUAACAGCAGUGAAGAAAACAUUUAAUGAGUUUGACUGUUUUUGGGAAUAGUGAUGAAGUCUAACAGCUGGUGGGAGAGAGGAUUUGUGAUAAUUCUUUGUGCACCUAGGAUGCAGAAGUAAUCACUAAAACGGUUUUAGGGAUAAAUGUAAUACAUUUAUUAUUUUUUUAAGCAUCAAUACUUCUCUCUGAAGACAAAAAAAAUCAGAUAAGACAUAGUAAAUCUUUAAAUCAUUGCAAAAAGAAAGAAAAACUGUCAAUUUAAGGCCUUAAACACAUUUCUCAUCUUAACUUAUUCCAUAACCAACAAUUGGAUGUUAAGACUCUUGUGUGUUUGUGCUGUACUUUGCUGCUAUUCUCUUCUUUAUCAUAUUUCCUUUACAGUUUAGAUAUUUUUACUGUCUCUACACUAUGAGAAUGUGAAUUCCUUGUUUUUGGACACAAGUUUGGCUGAAGAAGCUAAUUUUGAUUCUGACUUCUGUUUAGAAAGUGUGAUGAUGCUAAUCAUCCGUGAAGUUAUUUGCAGCUGUGGUUGCUCAUUAUUUCAUGUUCUCUCUAGGCACUUGACUGGGCACUUGCACUUGAGACUCUCUCAAAUAAAGCAAAUAAAGGGGAUAUUCUUGCCACUAAUAUUUUUCAUAUAGAUUUUAUUAUUGGCACAGAACGUAUCUGAACUUUUCUCUCCUGGAUGAAGACACUCUUAACUCUUAACUUUUAUUAACAUAGAGGCUGCUUUGAACCAGGGUCCUGGUGUUUUGGUGAUUGAUUGCUCUGUCUUCCAAACCCACCAGAGGCAGAUGGCCUUUCAGACUGAGCCAGGCUCUGCUGGAUGUUUCUUCCAGCUAAAGGAAGUUUUCCUUUCCACUGUCACCACAUGCCGGCUCAGAAUGAGAGAUGGCUGCAAAGUUAACAACAUCAUGCAAUCAACUGUCACUGUCACUAUGUACGUUCAUUUCCUGUCAGACAUCACUUGUUUUGAUGCCUAUGAUCCUUGUUGUCCUUUGUUGCAUCCUCUGUUUAGGUCAAGUGCAGUUAUUUUUUAUUUAUGGAUUUCUUGGUAUCUUGUGUUUAGAUUCAUGAAUUACAUAAUUUAUUCUCAAAAUGGCAUCUUGUUUUAAUUGGAUACAUUUACAUAGUCAGCCUAUUAUUUCAUGUCUUUCUUGUCAUCUAUGUCCAUGGCGUUCUUCAAACUCCUUUAUAAUUUAGUGGUUCUGUUUGUGAUUGGUCACCUUAUACCUACAUAUCCACAGACAGAAAACCCAAGAAUACUUUCAGAAUUAAUUACUUAAAUCUUAAAGUAUAGCCUGAAAGCCAUGAUUAGAGUUCAGAUUCCCAUUUUCCCAGCCUCUAAUGCUCAGAUGUAAAAGGUCUCAGCUUGAGGAAGAGGAAGGAGGACAGAAGGAGGACAGAAGGAACAUGUGGAAAAAAAGACUGAGACAGACAGAAGGUUCAUUUUUCCUGACAAACCGGCAACAGUACCUCUGCCCUGCAGUCAUAUUUUCUGUUAUCUUGUGGUGAAGAUGCUCAGGUUUGUGAUUUUCUGUCAUGUCUGGUUCCUGAUCCCUGAUGUGAUCGACGGUGUUGAAAACUCCACAGAUCUUCAGGCUAAGAGCUUCAGGUUUUUGGCCAGUCUCUCUCCAUCAGAAGUGAUCCGGGUUUCCGUAUUGGAGGGUCAUCACGUGUGCUUGCCAUGUGGGGGGUUUGCCAGCUCCAAUGUGAUCUGGACUCAUCAGAACCAGAGGAUCCUGGUGACACGGCAGAGCAGCUACCAGACCAACCACGACCGUCAGCAUUAUGUUCUGUUGGGUGAUGGUGGUCUCUGCAUGCUGAAGCUCGAGGACUCAGACAGUGGAGAGUAUGAGUGCAACCAGCGGCUGGUGGCUGAGCUGCAGGUGCUCACAGGACAUGACUUCACUGUAUCUACAGGCAGGACGCUUCUGCUUCCCUGCAGAGGCUCCUCUAAGUCUAAACACAAGUGGUUUAGACAGAGAGAAGGGCAGAAGGAGGAGGUUAUCUUCACCCGUUUCAGAAAUGGUACAGGGAAAGCAGAAAAAGACGCGAGUCGCCUGAGCUACAUAAAUAACGCACUGCAGAUCACAAAGCUGCAGCCAGGGGACGCUGGAGAGUAUCUGUGCAACAGAGUUCUACAGGCAAAACUCACCGUCCUGGAAGAGCAUCCUGUGCCAGACAGCAUCCCGUCAUCUACCACAAUAAGAACAAUCUCAGCUGUGUCAGUUGUGUUUGAAACACAGAGCUCACCAAAGAAGAGACCAGAGAAUGCUCUGCUGCUGGUCGCUGUCAUUGGUUUGGGGUUAAUGAUCGUCCUGAUCGCUCUAGUCUGUAUUUUCCUCACCAGCAUGAAGUGCAGAAAGAGAAGGAGACACAGAUAUGCAGCAAAAAGACGAGAAGAGACUGAGCUGCAGCUGUGGAUGACAUAUAACGCCCAGACUGAGUAUGAGGUGUUUAAGCGUCCGUCCCUGCAGGAUGACACCAUCCACUACGCCUCUCUGGGCCGUCAGAGCUGGAGCCAGAGGCCCAGCUGGUCUCCACCCGAUCAGAGCAGCAGUAAUGUGGUUUAUUCUUCGGUCAUCACCAUACCUGCAGCCAAAAACACUUUCUCCUGAUCCAGAUUAUUUCUGUCAUUCUUUGUCAAACACCAAUAAGUCUUUGACUCUGUCUCAAUUACUUAUAACUUUUAGCAUUUGAUUAAAGUUGUUACAACAUAAAGCACAGAAAUAUUAAGUUAUUUUCU